AUGAAAUUAUUGUACAUUCUAUUGAUUGUUCCAGUGUUCUUUGUAACAGGAGUAGAAGAACCAGAAGGAACACUUUCAACAGGUUCAUCAGGUCGAGAUGGAGCCACUGAUUCAACUGGUUUAGUGGCCACAAGUGAAUCAUCACAAGUUGUUAAUUCUAACGUUGAACAGGUCCAGCAAGAAUCACAAGUACAAGAACAACACAGUGAAAACGGUCAUUUACAACAGGAAGCUGGAACAAAUCGUUUACCUGGACAAGAAACUGAUGGAAGAUCGGAAGAUUCUUUGACAGAGAACGGCCAUCUUAAGGGGCCUCAAGCCAGUUCAUCAUUGCCAGAAGGUGGAGGGGCAGGAGCUGAGUCUGUUUCAAGACCAAGUACGGGUCAGGAAGAACAACUUGGAGGAGCAAGAUCAACAGAGGAUAACAGUGCGGUACCAUCAAGUAGCGGGUCAGAUACCUCAAAUAGCCACGGUGAUGGAGGACAAAGCACCAGAGACAAUCAAAAUGGAAGACAAAAUGUUCUGAGUCCUCCAGAAGAAGAGAAUAGAGAGACCACAUCACUAGGUACCGUUAGUUCUGAUUUGGGUAGUCAAGGUCAACAACACCAACUUGGAGCAUCAAGAUCACCAGCAGACCCAGUUCAAGGCCCAGGUACAUCGUCCCUAGGAACUGAAGAAGAAGUAAGGAGAGAUGGUGAAAACAGUGAUUCUCGAGAUCCAGUAUCUGGUGAAGCUACGGGAUUGGCACCCGGAUCACCUAGCAAGCCCGGUGAAGCUGAUUCAAGGGGUACUGUAGUUUCUAGAGAGGAGGGACAGGAGUCACCCACGGAUGAAUCAGAAAACAGUUUAGGGAGAUCGGGAGAGAGAGGACCAGCUGCACCUGGUGUAGAACACAGAGACUCUGGAGAUGGCGUAACUUUGGGUGACGGAGGGUUAGGUAGCGCAGGUGGACUUAGAGUAGAACCUAGCCCAAGUGGAGAUCUUAGUUCACAAGUUCCUCAGGUUCAACAUACUGACCCUUCUGGACGGGCGGAUGGACUUUCUGAUCCAGCUGUUGGAGUACCGACUUUGACACAAGGUAAUGGUAAGAGAACACUAGAAUAUAAACUAAUAGAUGGUAAACAAGAGUCCAGUGAAGAAGAUGACGACGAUGAAGAGGAAGAUGACGACGAUGAAGAGGAAGAUGAUGACGAUGAAGAUGAAGAUGAAGUAAGUUCCCAAGGUCAUGGAGAUCAACUACCUGGUCAACUUGGAGAACCUGGUCAAGAUGGAAACCUGGGUCAAGAUGGAAGACAAACAUCACAAGUUAAUCCUGGAAGUAGUGGUGGACCUCAAGUGACGGUAUCUGGUGUACCAGAUUCUACAGCUGUUGGAGGAGUAGGUGCAGUAUCGCCAACUGACCAGGAAACAGUUAGAUUACCAACAGGGGAAGUACCAUCUGUUCAAAGAACAGGAGGUGGCUUAGUAGAACAACAACAACAAGAAUCGCAGGUGCAGGAAACAAAUGGACAACUCACGGGGGUAAGAGGACCAACCGUUGGACAAGGAUCGCCAGAUUUACAACAAGUACCAAGGACAGAAGCAUCUCAAGGGCUAAAUCCGGUGGUGAGAGAACCAGGGUCAGUAAGUGAUGUAUCAACAGAGGGACUCAAAGGUCCAGGUCAAGAACAAACGGACCCAAAUUUAAGAACAGAAGAAGAAGUCCAGAGAGUGGCAUCGUCAGAAGCACCUGGAGGUGAUGGUGUACGAGAUGGAACAGGAAAUAGGCCACUAGAACAGGGAUCUGAACCUGCAGCUGUGGUCUCAGGGCCGUCAACAACUCAAGUUAGUCAGGCGACGACGGUUGAUACUAGUUCUACAACAACGUUGACCACCAGUGCUCCUACGACAACAGCAACCACCGGUUCUACAGAAACCACAAAUACUAGUGCUGGAACAACAAUUACACCAACUAGCACUAGUUCUACAACGCCAACGGUAACCAGCAGUCCUGGAACAACAACAACUAGCAGUCUUACAGCAACCACAACUACCAAUAGUCCUACCACAACAACUCCUGGUUCUACAACAAUUACAGAAACACCAACUACAGCAACGGUAACCAGCAGUGCUGCAAGGGAAGAAAGCACUAAUGUUACGACAACGGUAGCCACAAGUCCUGCAACAUCAGUAGCAACUAGUGUCGGAAGGGAAGAAAUCACUCGAGUAACUCAAAGUCAUCUAUCUCAAGGACAAAUAUCUAGCACUCAAGAAAUUACGAGUCAAGGAGGUAGACGUCAAGAAGAUCAGGUUUUACAAACUCCAAGUAGAGUAUCUGGCACUCAAGAGACUCUAAGGCAAGAAACUCGGACUCAAGAAACUAACACUGGAGAAAAUCAGGAUCAAAACCGUAAUACAGUCUCUGAAACAACGGUGACAGUGAGUCAACCAUCACCUAGGCCAAAUGUUCAGCACACUACGGUAGCUGGAGGUUCUGGACAGAUAAAUGCAGCUAGGAGAGAGAAUACAGUAACACAACCAUCAGGACAACAGACCUCAUUGAGAGGGUCAACGCUGUCAACAGGAUCGAUAAAGGGAUUAACAAUGGUAGUCACAAGGACCAAGGAGAAAGAAGAUAAGAUAGCAAGAAAGAUAAAGGAGAAGAUGGUGGCAGAAGAGGAGGUGUUUGACAUUAAGUGUUUCGACUACAGGAAAAAUGACCCCUUUAAACUGAGGUUUUACAUGUUCAAGGGGAUCUUUAGACUGUGGAGACUGUUGCAAGACCUUAAGUUCUUCAUGGUGGUUGAUCACACGCUUAUCACAGAUACGUUUGACAAGGGAGUGCAGAAUUACCUGACGAAGGGACUGACGCUGAUGAAUGGAAUCGUGGUGAGAGACAACGGAGACCUGCUAGCAAUGUACAACGGAUUCAACAAGUACUACAAAGCAAUGGCGUCGAGACUUAACCACAUGAAGGAGCAGGAAGAAGGGUCGGAAAUCAUGAAGACAAUAGUAAGCAUGUCAGUGAUAGGGUACUCAACAGCACUGAGACUGGAGCAGGAGUUUGGAAGCUGGGACCUGGUGGAAGUGAGAGAAAACGAAGAAAACAAAGAAGGAAGAGUAGCAUCAUACACACUGCUGGGCUUCAGAAUAGCAAUGUACCUGACGAAGGACAUCGUGGAGGUGAUCAUGGACAAGUUCCUAAGGUACACAGACCUCGUGGGCAUCGAUUUCGGAAUCAACGCAACGCUGGCAAGAGGAGCACUGAUGGAAGUGCAGCCAGAAGAUACGCUGGUGUACGGAGAAAAUGAGGCAAUAGUGACGAUUGACCCGAAUGAAGAGUACAAGCAGCUUAAGGCAUACCUGGAGUACGUAGUAUCAGAAAAAGGACACUCAAGUGGAAGAGGACAAGAAAACAGAGAAGAACUGGUACGCACGUCAAGGAAGGGAAGAAAGAGCAUGUUCACAGCAGUGCCGAGAGAACUAGGGCCGGAAACGCUGGAAGACUACCUGAGGAUCUUUGAACUGUCGGCGCCACAAGAGAGGGAAGGACCCGCACAAGUAGCAGAGGUUGAUACCGAAGAAUUCAUAAAUGAAUUUUUAGCAACAGCAGGACCAUCCUACGGCCUCGACGUGAACAUAGGAGCAGGAAAUAGUAAACUUAGAUAUUCAACCAGCAGUACAGACUCUAAUGUAGGUGCAAGGUUCGUUGGUGGUCGAGGAGUAGAGAGUGAGGCUGCCAGAGGAAGAGGUGGAAGUGCAGAUGCUGUUGCAAGAGGUACGUCUGCAAUUAGAGGUGCGACUGCCGACGCCGCAACUGCUGUUGGUGCAACAAAAGUAACAAAUGGAGUUGGGAACGAAGAGGGUGUUGCAAGAAGUAGUGGUUUCACGGGUGCCAAUGCUGUUAAUGGUCAGACCGGUCAAACCAAUGGUGAUGCUGUUAUAAAUGGUUUAGCUGAUCCAAUGGGUCCAGAUGCAGAUUUUGAGUACUUCAUGAAGGAAUUCUCGACGACAGACGCAAGCAUGUACGGAGUAGACCUGCUGAUAGGAGGAGUGACAAUAGAAAGUGUUUUUGGUAUAAGUGAUACAUUGGCAGUUGAUGGAGGUGCAACUAAUACCACCAGUGGAAAAUUAGGUGUUGCUACCACUACUACAACUACUACUACUACUACUAGUGAAACAGUAGAUGUUAGUAAUGGUGUGGUAGGUCAAAGAACAGAUGGCGGCAACGCUGAAGCAUAUAGUAAAAGUGUUAGUAAUGGUGUGGUAGGUCAAAGAACAGAUGGCGGCAACGCUGAAUCAUAUAGUAAAAGUGUUAGUAAUGGUGUGGAAGAGGAAUGUGCAUCAGCGGUGAGGAGCACAAGUGUUCACAGCAGUAGUGGUGGUACUGGUACAAGUGCCAGUACUAUUACAACAACAACCGGUAACACUAUUGCAGCGACAAGUACUACUACCACUAUUAGUAGAGGUACUGGUACAACCCGUAACACUAGUACAGGUACAACAGGUACAACCCGUAGCACUGGUGGAACUAGAACUAAUAGUGUAACAACUGGUAUUGUUACAAGUAGUACUGCCACCAAUAGUGGAAUUACAACCCGUAGCACUAGUACAACAAACACAACCAGAACUGGUACAACAGCAACAACUGUUGGUGGUACGAAGACUAGAACAGGAUCGACUUCAACAGGUACAUUAAUACCGAUUCCGAGUAAAUCAUUUAGAAGUAGACUGUGGACAACAGGAGCAGGGCCAAUUAGAAUGAUUCAGAGCCAAUUGGGCAAAGGAGCCACUGCAAGUACAAGAACGGAAAAAGGUGGAUUAGGAUCAGAGGGUGUAGUGAUUAGGAGUGUACAAACAAGUAAAAUACCAACAAGUGGACUGAGAGGGCCAGCAGGUACAGAUAGAGUACAGUUAACGGAAGAGAGAAGUAAGAAAAUAACAGUAAUGGCGCCCACCAACAGUAGUCUAACAAAGUCAACAAGCACACAUACAAUCACAAAAAUACCAACGAGAACAAUUACUAGCCAAAGCCUAAGCACAAGAAGCUCAUCAACAGUUACAGGAGGACAAACAAGGGAAAGUAGCAGUCAGAGAAGCUUUAGUCAAGGAGGCAGUAGCAGCGGCCAGACUAGAAAUAACAUUGGGCAUACGAGAAGCAUCAGCUGGCAGGAUAGAAGUAGCAGUGUUCAAACUGGAAGUAGGAGUGUUCAAACUGGAAGUAGUAACACUCAAACUGGAAGUAGUAACACUCAAACUGGAAGUAGUAACACUCAAACUGGAAGUAGGAGUGCCCAAAUAAGCGGUAAAAAGGAGGAAAGAAGAGGAAAUGAAAAAACAAAGGGUGAGAAAGAAAAACAAAUUGAUAAAAUAAUUAGCACGGCUGACGCAGAAAAGAAAGAAGAAAUCAUAGAAAAAAGUGUCCUUUCUGGACUGAGGGAAACGGGGAGGAAAAUAGUGGAAUCAAUCAGGGAAAAGUUCAGAAAAUUGAUUGGAUCAGGAAUUGUAAUGGAAAACACGGUGGUUCCAGUGAUGAUGAUGGUAGUAAUAAGCAGUUUGUAA